UUCAAAGAUAAUCUAUGACAAGCAAGAAAAUCGAACUUUUAGAAUUCAGUUGACCUUUAUGUUUAAGUCAUGAACCUGGGCUUAAUAAUUUAGUUCGUUUUAUCGUAGUAGAAUACCGGUAAGGUACCCAAAAUGAUAAUUUUGGUGGGAUUUCUUUUAUUUUCCUUCUUUUCUGAGUUUGAAUGUUCUCGCCCUAAUAUCCUUAUCAUGCUCAUGGACGAUAUGGGUUGGGGUGAUCUGGGUGUUUUUGGCCACCCAAGCAAAGAGACCCCUCGCUUGGAUCAAAUGGCUUCUGAAGGAAUGUUGUUUCCAGAUUUUUAUACUGCAAACCCAUUAUGCUCACCAUCUAGAGCAGCUCUCUUAACUGGAAGACUACCACUUAGGAAUGGUUUCUAUACAACAAAUGCACAUGCAAGAAAUGGUUAUACACCUCAGGAAAUAGUGGGAGGAAUCUCAGACAGGGAGCUAUUGCUAAGUGAACUUUUAGCUUUAGCUGGAUAUCGAAAUAAAAUUGUUGGCAAAUGGCAUCUUGGACACCAAGCUCAGUACCUACCAUUAAAACAUGGGUUUCAUGAAUGGUUUGGAUCAUCCAACUGUCACUUUGGCCCUUAUAAUGACAAAUCAACUCCAAAUAUUCCUGUUUUCAGGAAUGAUGAAAUGAUUGGAAGGUAUUAUGAAGACUUUCAGAUCAACAGAACAACAGGGGAGUCCAACCUUACCAUUUUGUUUACUGAGGAAGCAACGUCUUUCAUUAAGAAACAAGCUCAAGCGCAACAGCCUUUCUUUCUUUACUGGGCUCCAGAUGCUACUCAUGCUCCAGUUUAUGCUUCUAGGAGCUUUCUUGAUAAAAGUGAAAGAGGAUUGUAUGGUGAUGCAGUUAGAGAACUUGACUUCUCAGUAGGGAUCAUCCUGGAUACCUUAUGGACUACAGGUGUAGCCAACAAUACACUUGUCUUUUUUACAUCUGAUAAUGGAGCAGCUUUAGUAAGCAAGAUAAUGGGAGGAAGUAAUGGGCCUUUUCUCUGUGGUAAGGAGACAACAUUUGAGGGUGGGAUGAGAGAACCAGCAAUAGCUUGGUGGCCAGGCACAAUAAAACCAGGGCAGGUUUCUCAUCAGUUAGGUACAGUAAUGGAUUUAUUCAGCACAGCUUUAGAUUUAGCUGGAGUAGAACCACCAAGUGAUAGGGUGAUAGAUGGCAUAAGUUUAAAGUCAACGUUUAUUGAUGGAAAAAUGACAGAUAGGCCUGUCUUCUACUACAGAGGUAAUGAGUUAAUGGCAGUUAGAUUAGGGUUUUACAAGGCUCAUUUUUGGUGCUGGAGCAAUUCAUGGGAGGAGUUGAAACAGGGUAUUGAUUUUUGUCCUGGUGAGAAAGUUGAAGGAAUCACCAGUCAUCAGCAGAUGAAUUACACUACACAACCAAAAAUAUUUCAUCUUGGGAGAGAUCCUGGAGAAAAGUAUACAUUGAACCCAAAGUCUAAGGAAUAUCAGAAAGCCAAAUCUGCCAUUUUAGAAAUAGUUAAGGAACACAAGAACAAUUUAACACCAGGAAAGCCACAGUUAAACUGGUGUGAUAAAGCAGUUAUGCACUGGUCACCCCCUGGUUGUAAGAAGUUAAAAAGAUGUUUGACACCUCCCUCACCCAAGCCGUACCUUUGCUCCUGGCCUCACUAAGUUAUCUCAAAAGAAGAGUGAUUGAUAUUCACCUUAAGUAUGUGAAACUGCCUGCAGCAUCAUUUUAUAAAGUAUAAUUUUGUAUCUCAUAAUUAAUUCCAUAAAUUUGUGUAAUUUCCUUUGUUAAAUAUUUUGUAUCAACAUAUGUAACAAUUUAUUUCCACAAAACUCUUACAAAUUAAACUAAAAGAUAUGCUUGUGGUGACUUCGGAUUUCUUUGUAAGUAAGAUUUUUCAGUAUUUUACUUGAUGAUAUCAUUUAUAUUUAAUAUAAAGUCUGUAAUAACUACCAAGUAAAUUCAGAAAUUUAUUCAAAUGAGUGUAAAAAUUAAGUUUAUUCAAAUUAGUUAUAAUUACUUUUCUACUUCAUGAAAGCUUCACUCCUUUAAACAUGAAAAUGAAUAAAAGAAAUUAUUUCUUUGUA